ACAUAAUCAGAUCAGAUAACAAUAACGCGCGCAUAUGGGCCAGGCACUUACCGGCUGAAAGAUGGCCGCACAGUCAACACACGGUGGUUAUUCACAAGUAGCACCUGCCACCAAUCUCACUGCCGAAACCACGCAUAACACGCAGCUCCACAGGACAGGCCGAGAACUAAGACCACCGAAUCGAUAUGGUUUCGGCACAUCACCUGAUUGAACGGAGAGGUGAUGUGGGUGUGUGUACAACAUGCGUGACGACAUGUGCACACAACCCCAGGCACACAUACACUACGGUUUCUGCAGGCAAUCGAUUUUCAUCCCAUUCAAAGUUUCCCAACUGUAUGCGAUCCAGUUCCACUUGGUGGAUAGAACUCACUCAGAUGAUGGAAAAUCCACCUCACGCUUUGCGACUACACCAGAUCCAUUCAUCAAUGCCAUUCGGGUGCACGAAUUAUGUUCCAGAAGAGGAAACUCGCAAUUUGUGUGCCAGCUUCCCUGAAGCGGAUAUCUUGCAACCAUUUAAGGAAAUUGCCACAAACGCGAAUCCACGCAGAGAAAGUUUUGAGAUAACAGCAAAGGUGCCUAUUAGCCGAAGUGAAACUUUGGACUAUUGUAAAGAUCUUUCUUUGCGAUCGCUAUCCCACCCGGAUUAUCGAAAAUUGUCAUGGACUUAUCUGCAAGGUGACUAUGAGGACUCGUUGGAUUACAGUCGUCGAACGAGAGUUACGAAAGCCACCAGCCCGAAUUCUCUUUAUGUCGGUGAGAAGCGCACUUCUGUGCCAUCAGAGAUUCUCAUCUCUAAGCUAGAAUCUCGUUACCGUACGGGCAAUGCUAUCCCUUUUUGCCUGAAUCCUCAGGCGGCUUAUUUGAUUCACCACUCUUCCAUUACUGGGCAACGGAAGCGCGUCGAACAAGAGUUGGGAACAUGCGUUGUCUAUCUGAACGAUCGUGCUCAUUUCAAAACAUUGGAACGCCGCUUGCAAGCCCGACUUGAGCGUAAAAGCGAUGAAGAUCACCACAAUCGCUCGUGUAUCGAACGUAAGAAAACCAGGGGGGCUCUGAGGGGAGAAUGGGGUGAUUUUUCCCCAACACUGCAAAAGGGGGAAUUAGGACCAGACCCACUGGAAGGCAGUCCGCCCAAAUUUCGUUUUUCCAAGAGAUCCAACUUACAAGAUAAAAGUAAAGAUUAUUCGCCUGACUUUGCAUCUGCGGACGUGAGCCGGUCCAUAUCAACGAAAGAAAAUCUAAACGAAGCAUCUGAACCCCUGCUGACGCGGACAGUCACUGAAGACAGCGCCGUUCAAAACAGCAAACGGUCAGCAGGUUUGUCAUCUUCUCCCCUCAAGUCUGGCUCCGCUGAAGGCUUACUAAGUUCCCGUUUAAGCAUGCGAACUCUUUACGAUACCGCUGAGAAAUCGGUGAGAUCCCAACAGCCGCCCCGGAAUUUGACUCUCAAAUACACAAAUUUAUCCUGGGAACGAAUGUAGUGUCACGCCAUGUGUCAAUCGAUUUAUUCCUUUGCUUAUGCUACACGGACCUGGACUGCUUUCGGCGCGAAGUUUCACUGCUGUUCCCCUAAGAUGAGCAGCUGUUUCAUACCUCGUGCUUCCGACCGUGUUCAGUGUCACAACAUCAACGCUUUCAAACUGCAUCACCACAAGCAUUUCAUAUCCAUACAUCAAGGCGUGAGCAGCGAUCGUCUUGCGGUUAAUGCACUGUGUAGUGCAGUUCAAAAUGGUCAGAAAAGCUUAGGUCGGCAGACGUCGAUCGGAGUCACCCACCACAUAUUGUGAGUUCGAUAUACAAUGUGUGUGUGUGGGGGUACAUAUUCGAAGGCCGAAUUUUUGUUGUGCGCAUCACGUACUGAACAAUCCCUACUCACCGCAUAUCGUUGCAACUGCUGCGCCAGCAACGAAUGCAUCAAACAAAAUAUAUCGAAUUGCAUGUUCAAAUGCGUGAUAAAAUUAUUUUCUGC